AGGAGGGGGAGGAGUCAGCCGGGUUAGGAUGCUGUCAGGUUGCCGUGGUUUCAGCCUCUCGUUUCUUGUGGCGACUGUCGACGGGGAUGUGUGUGUGUGCGGUUGAAGGGUGUGUGAGAGUGUGUUUGUGUGUGUGUGUGUGUGUUUGUUUGUGUGUGUGAGGAUGUAUGACGGGAGGACGGAGUGAAGGAAGAGAAAAAGGAAGUGUGGAAGGAUGGAUGAGGCUUAACGUCGCUGCGGACGAGAAUCACAGCGAGUCAUCGUUUCGUCUGAGCUGCAGAGAGGAAGCUUCAUCACUCCAUCUUUGUUUCUGCACGGGAAGGAGACAUUGAAGGAGUGAAGGAGACACUGAAGGAGGGAAGGAAGGAGACACUGACAGAGGGAAGGAAGGAGACACUGACGGAGGGACAUAAGGAGACACGGAAGGAGACAUUGGAGGAGACAUUGGAGGAGGGAUGCAGGGAGUUUGAGUCUUCACUGAUCCUGUGGUCUUCUGAGAAUCAUGACCUCUCAGGAGGACACGUCGUCCUUCAGGAGGUUCUUUCAGUAUGUGGAGGACAGCUGUCUGAGGACAUACGAUGGCCUGGUGAUCCAGAAUGCCUCUGACAUCGCCAGAGAGAGUGACCGCAUCCGAAACCAGACUAACUGGACAUACCUGCAGGAGAAACACCAGAAGAAAAGACGGCAGGAGGACGCCAUCAAGAGGAUUGGUGAAGAUGUUGCCAUCGCAACAGACGGGGCGUACUCUGGAAAACAUUUCAGGAUGGGUUUCAUGACAAUGCCAGCACCGCAGGACCGCCUGCCACCUCCCAGUCAAGGCUUCGCUGUCCGAUCCCAGUCCCUCCACUCUGUGGGCGGAGGAGACGACGACUCCAACCCCAACCGAAAACAACCCCCACCCAAACCGAAGAGAGACCCCAACACUAAACUGAGCAGCAGCUCCGAGAUGGUGAACGGUAGCUCAGGAGUCGCCAAGAGAGACGUUCAAGAGACCAAAGAGACGUCAGAGCAGGCUGAAGCUCGAUGCCAUCUCUACAGUGAGGACUACAAGAAGAUGCCUCCACCAAAACCCAAAAGGAAUCCAAACACUCAGCUCAGCACCUCCUUCGAUGAAUCUUAUAUUCAUAACCAUGGCAACAAAAAGUCUUCCUUGCGAUGGGACAAAUCUUCGUCUCAGACUCAGAGUCCGGCCUCGAGAGACACAGACGACGAGGAACCCGUCUACAUCGAGAUGGUGGGAAACAUCCUGCGGGAACUGAAAGGUCAGGAAGCUGUGGAGGAUGAGCAGAGCGAGUCGGUGUAUGAGGAGAUGAAAUACCCAAUGUUGGAGGACUUCCUGCAGGACGCUCACUCCGCCAUCAUGGAUCCUGAAGCCUGGGCAUCCCGCGGCUCUCUCUGUGACAUCCCUCCACCUUUCCCCAACCUCCUGACUCACCGUCCACCACUGCUCGUCUUUCCCCCUGCCCCUGCUCAGUGCUCUCCCAACUCUGACGAGUCCCCCCUCACCCCUUUAGACGUCACCCGACUGCCCAUGAUUGAUAACAUCUCCUACAACAAGUCAGGUGGUGUGGAGCAUUCGCAGAGCUCCACCCACCACCGCAAGGAGCGAGACCGAGACAGAGACCGAGAUCGGGACCGGAACCGGGACCGGGAUCUGCCCUCCACCCACACCAUCACAUCCUCUGGCCGUUCAUCAGCUCCACCUCUCCCCUCCAAUCUCUACAAGUCCUCUGGUUCCACCCACAGUGGUCAUGGUUACCCUCGCAGCCAAUCAGCAUGUCCGUCUCCGGUCAGCAUGGGUCGCUCUCUGACUCCUCUGAGCCUUAAGAGACCGCCACCAUACGAUGCUCUGAUGGCAGGAGGAAGUAUGCCUCGUUCAUCCUCUUCCUCCUCUUCAUCCUCACAGAGGGCUGGUGAGGGCGGGGCAAAACUAAGUAACUCCUCCUCCACCCACGGCUCCAUGCAAAAUGUUUCGAUGAGAUCACAGACUCCCACCAGCCCAUUGGAUGAACUCAACAACCUGUUUACCUCAAGUAGACAGGUGACGAAGAAAGGAUCAGGAGGCAGGAAGAGCCGAGGGAGUGAAGGAGACUCCAGGUCUCUGCCCAGACAUGGCAGUAAAGACAGAGAUGGACAGUCCAGUCCAGGAUCCAGCAGGAUGGGAAGAUCGUCUGUCAGUCCGACUAUGAUGCUGUCUGGAGGAGGAGGAGGAGGAGGAGAAUCGAAGUCAGUGUGUAAACUAGGCCGUUCAGCCUCAACAUCAGGAGUUCCUUCUCCAGGUGGAACGCCACAACGCCAUCAGCAUGAACCACAUCACCCCGCCCUCAGCCAGGAUUCACCGUCGAUGAACGACAGAACGUAAAAUGUUUUACAGACGGACAGAAGCUUCAAUCCAUCAGCUGACUCACUUCUGAACUGUAAACAUGAAAACUAGUAAACAAGUCAACAUGUAAACAAAGUGUUUUCUUUGUUCAAAGGAUCAGUGGCUUAGUUUUGUGUAAAAUAUUUCAACUAAAUGUUUUUUGUAUUGAAAAUGAAUCUGUAAAUAUGAACUGUAAAGCUUUAAUAAUCAGACAAAGUUUAGUUACUAACAUUAACCUAACAUGUAAUUAGUUUCAUGCUAACAUAAAACUAACUUUUAACUAGCUUCACGCUAACAUCAACCUAACAUGUAAUUAGCUCUAUGCUAACAUUAACCUAACAUGUAAUUAGUUUCACGCUAACAUUAACCUAACAUGUAAUUAGCUUCACGCUAACAUUAACCUAACAUGUAAUUAGCUUCAUGCUAACAUUAACCUAACAUGUAAUUAGCUUCGCGCUAACAUUUACCUAACAUGUAAUUAGCUUCACGCUAACAUUAACCUAACAUGUAAUUAGCUUCAUGCUAACAUUAACCUAACAUGAAUUUAGCCUCACGCUAACAUUAACCUAACAUGUAAUUAGCUUCAUGCUAACAUUGAACUCACGCUGGAGCACUUUAUUAAUUUGAAUUUCUUUUAAAAUGUAUUUUUUACAUGUAUUUACACUGAUACAAACUCUAUUCUCACCUUAUUCUAACCCAACCCACCCCAUACUAACUCCACCUACCAUCAUAAAGACGCACCCCUCUAUGCCAUGUAGAGAGAAUUCAUUCAUAUUCUGAUGUCCUUCAUUGUUUGUUGUUUGUUGUUCCACCUUGUAAAGGUGCAGUGUGUAAUUCUGGACAUUGAUCAUUAAGAGUCAUUCACAGGUCGUCUGUUACCGACGCUUUGAGGUACGGUCCAACUACCAGCGGUCAUCUAUAUCUGUCGACUGCAACUCAACAAUCAGCCAUCAGAAUCACAAACUGCUCCUUCAAAAUAAAACCACACAUUUGUCUGUUUUUAAAUCUUUCGGCUCGAAAUGAUGAUAAAUGUCUAAAUAAAGUCUGGAACUGUGUGUUUGUUAAUAAAUGCUUAUGAGUCCAAAAAUAAAAUACUUAAUGUCAUAAAACUUCAGACUCAAACUACAAACUCAAGCUACAGAGUAAAACUACAAACUCAAAUUUCACACUCACACUUCAGACUCAAACUCAAACAUCAGACUCAAAUGACAGAGUCAAAUUACAAACUCAAAUUUCACACUCAAACUACAGACUCAAACUUCAGACUCAAACGUGAUGAUUUUUACUUCCUGCUGACGAUCUGAUUAAAAUCUGUAUUUACUGUUUUUUAAACCUGUCAUCAUCAUCUGUCAAUAAACCAGUGUGACACUGACAUCA